AUGAUUAGUCAGUUGUGUAUGAGGUACUUUUGGAAGGGGCAGGACUCUAGUACUGGUGGUGCUAAGAUUAGUUGGCAGCAGGUCUCCUCCUUGAAAUCUGAAGAUGGGUUGGGUCUCGAGGAUGUGUUCAAGCUCAGGCCAGAGGUUGCACCUGUUUUUACUUCUGCCUCAAGCUUGCACCGUGUAAAGGCAGCUUGGAUUUGGGGUGAAAUAAGGGUGAAGUAUCUUGUUGUGUCUUGGUAUAAACUCAUUUGGUUCCCACUGCAUGUUCCAAAACAUGCUAUUAAUGCUUGGUUUGUAAUUUUGGAUAGGCUUAGCACGCUUGACAAGUUGCUGAGAAUGAAUUUGACGGUUGAUCCCUGUUGUCCGAUUUGUGGCUUUGACUCUGAAUCGAGAGAUCAUUUGUUUUUUAUUUGUUCGUUAUCUUGUGAAGUUCGGACACAGAUUUGGUGUUUGUGUGGUUUACGAAGGAAUGCCCUUGAUUGGACUUCGACGUUGGCUUGGGCUUAUGCUGGUUUGAAGGGUAAAUCUUUGUUGGAGUUUAUCCUGAAGCUUGCUUGGAAUACUCACAUCUACUGA